AUGGCGAAGGACGUCGAAAGCGACAUCGAAGUCGUCCGCCAUGAUGGCAACAAAGAUGUCGCUUCAUCAGCCAGCUCAAACGAUCUGGAUGAUACAUACAAUCUCUACAAGCAGCAAAAUAUGGACAAUGUCGACCCUCAAGAAGCAAGUCGAGUUCUUCGCAGAAUCGACUACCACAUCCUCCCAAUCCUAAUGAUGACAUACAUGCUCCAAUACCUCGACAAAUCCUCCAUCAACUUCGCCUCCGUCCACGGUCUACGUCAAGGCACUAACCUCAAAGGUCAGGACUACAGCUGGCUUGGUUCGAUCUUUUACUUUGGAUACCUCGUCGCGCAGUACCCUGCUGGCUAUGCCCUGCAAAGGUUACCAUUGGGGAAGUUCAUCGGUGCUAUGAUUCUGGCUUGGGGGAUUCUGAUUAUUACGACGCCGGCUUGUACGAGUUUUGCGGUUAUUGCGACGAAUAGAUUUCUUCUGGGUCUUUUCGGCGGCACCCUUGGCUAUGCCAUCGGGCACAUCACGUCUGGACUUCCUCAGUGGAUGUACAUCUUCCUGAUCUUUGGCUCGAUAAGCAUUGUCUGGGGAGUGGUGUUCUUGAUCUCCAUGCCCGACAUCCCAUCAUCAGCUCGUUUCUUGAGCCGUGAGGAGAGGAUCGUGGCAGUCGAACGAGUUGCUACGAAUCGACAGGGAGUCAAGAAUCACCACUUCAAGAAGUAUCAGCUGUGGCAGUUCUUGCGUGAUCCCAAGACGUGA